AGGAUGAACAGAGACAAUUGCUCCUCCAUGACUGAAUUCAUUUUCUUGGGAAUUACUGAUAACACUGUGAACAAAGUGACCCUAUUUAUCAUGGUUCUCCUUGUUUAUCUCAUCAGUCUUCUGGCAAAUCUUGGAAUGAUAACCCUGAUUAGGAUGGAUCCCCAGCUGCACACUCCCAUGUACUUUUGCCUUAGCCACCUCUCCUUCUGUGACCUCUGCUAUUCCACAGCCAUUGGUCCCAAGAUGCUGGUGGACCUAUUUGCCAAGAACAAGACAAUCUCUUUCUAUGGUUGUGCUCUGCAAUUCUUGGUCUUCUAUAUCUUUGCUGAUUCUGAGUGUCUCCUGCUGGCAGUGAUGGCCUAUGACCAGUACAAGGCCAUCAGCAGUCCCUUGCUCUAUGAGGUCAGCAUGUCCAGCAGGGUGUGCCCCCUACUCAUGGAUGGGGUUUACCUGGUAAGAAUGGCAGAUGGUCUGAUACACACGACAUUAGCAUUCUGCUUAUGUUUCCAUGGGUCAAAUGAGAUUAACCAUUUCUUCUGUGAUUUAUCUCCACUUUUCCGCCUAUCCUGCUCUGAUAUACAGGUCAAUGAGUUGGCAUUAUUCCUUGUUUUUGGCUUCAUUGAACUGAGUACCAUUUCAGGAGUUCUUGUCUUUUAUUUUUAUAUCGUCUUUUCAGUCUUGAAGAUACACUCUGUAGAGGGGAGGUUCAAAGCAUUCUCUACCUGCACCUCCCACCUAACUGCAGUGGCAAUUCUCCAGGGAACUAUUCUCUUUAUGUAUUUCAGGCCGAGUUCAUCCUACUGUCUAGAUCAAGACAAAAUGACUUCAUUGUUUUAUACUCUAGUGACUCCAAUGUUAAACCCUCUGAUUUAUAGCCUAAGAAACAAGGAUAUGAUACAAGCCCUAGAAAAAAUAAAACUUAAAAGAUGA